AAGCGGGCGGGAAUAAGUAUGUGUGGUUUGGGAGUUUGGAAGGCAGUCGGACGGCCAGCAGGCAGGCACAGGAAGUUGUCCUUGAGGAAUUUUUCUGACUGUAAUGGAAAAUGCUGAGGCUCGGGCAGGCGUGUUCAGGACUGUAGGGUGGAACAACCAUAACUCAUGUUAAGUAAGAUUUAGUAACACCUUUUAAUCAGAGCUCUCCGGCUGAGUUUGAGGACAGACACGGAAUUAACGGUCAAAUCAAUGAGUUCUGCGGACCACCGACGUAACGUUGGAGCAGCGUACAAGAAUGGAGGGGGAAAGGUGAGAGGAUUUGUCCAAAAAGUCCAUUCUCCUCCCCCAUCCCUUAAUGAUUCACUGGAGGGAGAAAUUCAGGCCUUUCUCAUCGACGAAGACCAACUCCACACUUAUGAUGACCUCACCAAAGUCAACCCAGUGACGCCAACCACGGUGUUGAAAUGCCUGCAGGCCAGGUACAGUGCGAAGGUGUUUUACACCCAUGCUGGCUGCACGUUGGUGGCUCUUAACCCCUUCCAGCCAAUCCCAGACCUCUACUCUCUGGAUGUGAUGAAAGAGUAUCACUGCGCUCCUCAGCCUCAGGAGUUCAAACCACAUAUCUUUAUUGUGGCGGAAGAAGCCUACAGGAAUGUCCGGGGCCAGCUGGUGCCAGUGAACCAGUCUUUGGUGGUCAGCGGUGAGAGUGGUGCAGGAAAGACAUGGACAUCUCGUUGCCUGAUGAAAUACUAUGCCACGGUGGCAGCAUCCUCCUCAGUGGUGAAGAAUCAGGACACAGUGGAGAGAAUAGAGAGGAGGGUGCUGGACUCCAACCCCAUCAUGGAAGCUUUCGGCAAUGCCUGCACGCUACGGAACAACAACAGCAGUCGCUUUGGAAAGUACAUCCAGCUCCAGUUGGACAGGUGUCAGCUGUUAGUGGGGGCAUCAGUACAGACAUAUUUGCUAGAGAAGACCAGGGUGGCCUGUCAACCAGCCAAUGAGAGGAACUUCCACAUCUUUUAUCAGAUGACGAAAGGGGCCACAGACGAGCAGAGAAAGGAGUGGAAGAUGUCUCGUGGCCAGAGUUUUGCUUGGCUGCCAAAUUCUGAAAAAACUGUCGAAGAGGACUGUUUUCAGGAGACCAUUGAGGCGAUGGUUCAUCUGGGCAUUAAUGCAGAAAGGCAGAGACAGAUAUUCAGGAUAUUAGCUGGGAUCCUGCAGUUGGGAAAUGUGAAUUUCUCUUCUUCUUCAGAUGAAUCACAAACCUGUGACCUAGAGGAACUGUCCAAAGACUUCUUGCAGAGGGCUGCUGAGCUGCUGUGCGUCCCUGCUGAGGAGCUUCGGACCUGUUUGAGAGUGAGGAUGUUGAAGGCCGGGAAGCAGAGCGUACUAAAGCCCUGUUCCCAGGCAGAGUGCAGUGUCAGGAGAGACUGUUUGGCCAAAGUCAUCUACGCCCAAUUAUUUGAAUGGCUGGUUACAUUCAUCAACAACAGCAUAUGUGCAGAAGAAUCCACGUGGUGCAACUUCAUAGGAGUUCUUGAUGUGUACGGGUUUGAGUGUUUCCACAUCAAUAACCUGGAGCAGCUGUGUAUCAACUAUGCCAAUGAGAAACUACAGCAGCACUUUGUGGCUCAUUAUCUCCGGGCUCAGCAGGAGGAAUAUGUGUCAGAGGGGUUGCAGUGGUCCUUUGUCAAAUACCAAGACAACCAGAGCUGUCUGGAUCUUAUAGAAGGGAGCCCUGUCAGUGUGUUUUCUCUUCUUAACGAGGAGAGUCGUCUCAAUCGAGCCUCAGACGCAAAGACGUUGAGGAUUCGAAUGGAGAAGGAGCUCUGUAAUAACAGCAACAUCAGCUGGGACAAGUUCAGCAAGGAGCCGCACUUCACUGUGGCCCAUUACGCUGGCAAAGUCAGCUACCGGAUACAGGGGAUUGUGGAGAAAAACAAGGACCCAGUACCACCAGAGCUCAUCAACCUGCUGCAGAAGUCUGACAACCCCCUGCUUCACCAGAUCUUCACUGAUAAGGAGGCUGACAACACAACCAGCAAGGGGCUCAGCAAAGUCACCGUGGUCUCCAAGUUCAAGAACUCUCUGGAGAGCCUGAUGAAGAUCCUCCACACAACAACUCCCCACUACACUCGCUGCAUCAAACCAAACCCGGACUGCAAGCCUAUGACAUUCAAAAAGGAGGAGGUUAUCAUGCAGUUGGAGGCCUGUGGGAUUGUGGAGACCAUCCAUAUCAGCGCUGCUGGUUUUCCAAUAAGAAUUCCCUUCAAAGGCUUCAUGCAACGUUACGGACUGAUUGCAAAAUAUUCAGAUUUCAAGUCAGGCAGUCUUCCUGUUGAUGUGGAGGAUGACGGCAACGAAAUUCUUCGGCAAGAGGUGGAGAAGCUCCUUCAUGCUGUAUUACGACACGAGACGACUGACCCCUUGUGCAACCUUGACAGUGAAAAGCAUAAUUCAUGGGUGCACUGUGGAAGGACUAAAGUUUUUCUUACCCAAUCAAUGCUGGAUUUGCUGGAGGGUCAGAGGAAGAUGAUCCUGUCUCAGUGUGCCUUCACCAUUCAGUGCUGCUGGCUGCGGUACCAGUGCCGCAGACGCAACGUCCGCCGGCAGUCUGCUACCCUGAUCCAAGCAGCCGUGCGGUCCUGGCUGGUCAGGAAGGAGGUCCACAGAUGGAACAGAGCAGCUUCACUCAUCCAGGGAACCUGGAGGAAGUGGAGGGCACUAUUGAAGGCUUUGGCUGAGGCAGAACUGGAUGAUGUGAAGGACCUACAGGAGGACGUGCCAGCACUGAACCCUGUUAUCAGGGAGCGAGGCUCGGUGCAGCUCUCCAACAUCCAGGAGCCUGUCACGGUGCGAGGGUGGCCCAUGGGUCUGGCUCUGGCCUCUGCCCCAUCUAUCACCGUGUCUCUGACAGCCACAGGAUUCCAGAAGAUGAUGUCUGUGAUGGCCUCCCUAAACCUGCCCUCCAGGAAAGGGGAGUAUAAGGUGGAGACCAACCAGUACACGCAGGGGCUCGCCUCCAUACGGGCUCAACCCAAGGGAUCUGUAAAGCUGCACUGUCAGCGAUCUCCACUCCUCUACGCUGACAGGCAACCAGGCAAAAAGUGUGAUGUGACAGGGUUCAACGAGAUCCUGCUAGAGAAAACUUUGUAAGAGCAGAACACUAAGGGCUGAUCUCAUGGACACAGAACAAGGGACAAUCUGGUGCAGAGAUGGACCAGAAGCUACUCCUCCAUAAUCUGACACAGAGGGAACAAACCUGGUAUUUAAACAUGUUUUUUUUGUUUUGUUUUUUUACUAAAUGCAUGUGUUUAAAGUGAUCACUGCAGGUCUGAUUAACUGUUUUUAAGAAUGCCAAAGUUUGUACAAGGGUGAAAAGAAAUGCAAAAACCUGCACCCUGGCAUGAUAACAUUUUAACCUCAUAAGUGGUCAGGUGAAAUCGUGCAGUAGGCUGUGUGCCUGACCAUCUACAACAAAAAAUAUCAUCAGGAUAAGGCAGAGACUAUCUUGUCAACCUUUUGCAGAAUAAGUGCCAUGUGUCCCACACGUAGAAAAUGGGGUGUGAGUCGCAAUUAUGAUGAUGCCACCACAACAGCAGAUGAACCCAGAAUCAUUUUUUAUUUAGUCUUAAAUGAUAACUGGAAUUACAUGUCACCUUCUUAGCACCUUUUUAAAAAACAGACAACUGCAGGUUUUUGUUUUCUCUUUGAAUGUUUGACUGUUGAUCAAAGUGUUGGGCCUUUGACGAGUGCCUUUUUUGAAAUCUACACUCAAAUCGCAAAUGGACUGGUAACGGUAUUUAUUUAGGGUGACUAUUUAUGUGUAGUUCGAUAGAUUUAUUGUGGGUGUAAAAACAUAUUGGUGAUUCAGGUGCACAUACGUUAGCACAUCAUCCGGCAUUUAUUUUGAGUGUAAUUUAUUCUGGAGAAAAAACUAAUCAAGCAAGUUUGCACAUGUAAAGUUCAUGCAGUAUUGCACAUUAAAGCCUGCUCACAUACGGUAACAGACUGACAGGAGUCAUUGACAAGCACACAUGCCUUGUGUGAAACAGGGAAAGAAUGAACCAUGAAUCAUUAGCUGCUUUUUGUUUGAUAAGGGGUCUUUAUACUAUGCACAUUUGCUUAAUGUUGAAUGAAACCACUUUGUUUUAAUCUGCUGCAGUCCAAAGCAUUAAUGCAGGUACUGUGUAACAUACCAAAGUAUUUUUACUCUAGUGUUUUGUGUGGCAGAAUGAACAUGUUAUUAUAGCAUCAGGUUUUCUUAUAUUCGAGAUCUUUUUUUCUAUAACUUUUUCAAAAUAGCAUUUGCGUAACUUAAACCUGACUUUUAUAUACCUAGUUUUAGAUCAGACGCAUCACUGCAGGGACAGUACUUGAUAGAUCUUCCUUUACAUUCAAAGCAAUUCCUGCUCUUUCAAUCUUCUCCAGCUGUAGAUUCACUGAAACUUUAUCAUUUAAUCUAUGUGCUUGUUUGUGUCAGCAGUACCAAGAGAUCAGUGUACAACUUGAAUUCUGUUCAUAUUUAAAUGACUGUUUUGUUAAAAUAAAUGUCAGUGUUGCAACA